CAAGCUGUACUGUAUUCCACAGUAUGAGAUGAGUGAGUGAGUGUGAGUGCCAGUGUGUGGAUGCUUGGACUGUUUUCUCACUUGACUCUUGAUAAGCUGCUAAAAUGAACCUGGCUCCAUCCUGUCACCUCUCAUUGCUCCUUCUGCUUGUUGCCAACCUGUCAGAUGCGUACGAGGAAAGAAUCAUCGGGGGUGCAGAGGUACAGCCCUACUCCAUCAAGCACCAAGCCUCCCUCCAGUUCAUGAACUACCACUUCUGUGGAGGCACCCUCAUCCACCCGCAGUGGGUGGUGUCUGCUGCCCACUGCUGGAGACCGAGUCAGCUGGUCCAAGUGGUCCUGGGUGAGCACAAUAUCGUUGAGGUGGAGGGCUUUGAGCAGAGGUUCAAUGUAUCUUUAGUCGUCAGGCACUACCAGUACCAACCCUGGACAUUUGACAAUGAUAUCAUGCUGCUUAAGUUGGACCGUCCAGCUAUCAUCAACGCCAGGGUCGAGCCUGUCUCUUUGCCAGACCUGGACUCACCGCCCUUGGCCAACCUUGCCCGGUGCACAGUCAGCGGCUGGGGUGUAACCUGGCUCAACAGCUACGUAUUGUCACCUGUACUGAGGUCUGUAAAUGUGGAUAUAUUCAACAACUGCUGGUACUUCUACUACUUCAGGAUCACAGACAACAUGGUCUGUGCUGGCUCUCUCUAUGGUGGGAAAGACUCCUGUCAGGGUGACUCAGGGGGACCUCUUGUUUGUAACGGUAAAUAUGAGGGCAUUGUGUCUUGGGGCAUCGGCUGUGCCUAUGCUUACUACCCUGGUGUCUACACUAAGGUCAGAAACUACCUCGGAUGGAUCAACUGGGUCACGCAGAACAACUAAGCAGACUCUUAAGAACUUGCUCACCCAAUACUCUACUGGGAUGAAGAUUUCAAUAAUAGACCCUGAGAUCUUAAUGGAUGUUUUUGUUGUCUUUUAUACAUUUAUACUGUACAUAAAAAAGAACACACUGGUUUAAAAGAUAUUAUCUGUAACAUACGUACACCCCAUGUCACACACAGGUGAAAUUGCACAAAUACACAGAGAAGUUACUUAUUGGGGUGAAUAUCACAGAAAACUUGUUUUAUAUAAAGAAAAAAGGCUGACAUAUACAUUACAACUAAAUGCACUUUGUAUUGUAUAGGUAUAUAUUGUGUUUAUAAUGAUUUCCAGAAGUGAUGUAAAACCCCAGAUUUUGGGGAUCAUUUCAGGGAUCAUUUUGGUCUUUGAAGCCUCCAUUACUCUGCCGACUCAGAGCUCAAAUAGAAGCUUGAC